AUGACGACCAGCCCCAUGUUUGGCGUGCUGCGCGGGCUCGACGCGUUUGGGCGCACUUCGGAGGAUGUGCGCAUCCGCACAAAUGUCGGUGCGCUGAUCACCCUCGGGAGUGCGCUUCUGAUCUUUGUACUUUCGCUGAGCGAGUUUAUCGACUACCGCCGGAUCACGACCAUGCCGCAGUUUGAGAUCGAUCGAUCUAGCCAAGAUAUGAUGUCGCUCUACAUGAACAUAAGCUUUCCGCAUAUGCCGUGCUACCUGAUCUCGGUGGAUGUAGUUGAUAUCUUGGGACACAGCCAAACGAAUAUGGACCACACGCUCCAGCGCAAGCGGCUCCAAGCCGACGGCACGCCCAUCGAGGAGUCGACCGAGCACCAUUUGGAGAGCGAAGCGCAGCGGUACAUUGGCUCUUUGAAGCGCGGGAGCAACUACUGUGGAUCAUGCUACGGUGCUAUGGGGCCCGAGUCUGGCUGUUGUCAGACGUGCGAGGAUGUGCGCGAAGCCUAUGCGCGCUCGAGCUGGUCUUUUGACAGCCCCGAUGAUAUUCAGCAAUGUGUGGAUGAGCACUGGACCGAGUCUGUGCGGGAGAUGAACGACGAGGGUUGUAACUUGAGUGGCGAAUUGCACAUCAGCCGCGUCGUUGGCAACCUGCACAUCAACCUCGGCCGCUCCUUCCAGCACAAUGACAUGAACGUGAACGAGCUUGUGCCAUACUUGCAGGGUCAGGGCGAGGGCUACCACCACUUUGGCCACGAGAUCCACGACUUUAGCUUUGGUACGCCGUACGAGUUCCUUCCGCAAAGGGGCGGGCGCACUGAACGGGCCUUGUACCGCAAAAAGCGCAUGGAUAUUCGCGACCCACUCGCCGGGCGCAAAAGGCACUUGAAGGAGAGCCAGUUUAUGUACCAGUACUUUUUGAAAGUAAUCCCCACCUCGAUCCGGCACAUAAACGGCAAGCAUCUCACCACGUACGUGUACAGCGUCGCGCACAACGAGCGCGAUCUGCGCCCCGAAGACACUUCCUUGCAGCACGAAACGGACAACAAGUCGGACGGUGUAAUCACACGCAAUAUGCAAGGAGUGCCCGGCCUCUUUUUCAACUAUGACAUUGCGCCGCUGACCCUCGUGCAGACCGAGACGCGUCAUUCUUUCUGGCACUUUAUCUCGAACCUGUUUGCCAUUAUCGGUGGCAUCUUUACCAUUGCAGGCCUUCUCGACGCGCUUAUCUACCGCGGGCGGAAGCAACUGUCCGGCACGCAGUACGCCGAAGAUAUGAAUGACAACUUCUACAGUUCGUUGGACGCCAAGCUCCUGUAA